ACUUCGUGACCCUUUUUUAAACCCUUUCGGCCAAAUUCCUGUUUUUACAGACAGCAAGAGCAAACCUUGGCUCAUCAUCAUCAUCUUCUUCUUCUUCUUCACUUCACCCUCUCCUACUCAACAUUUUCUUGGUGGUAGUUCGUAGCUGCUACUAGUUGCGCCAUAAUAUAGCAACACUUCAGUUUAGUUUAUUCACCCAUUCUUCUCUUUCGUUUCAUCAAAGAAAGAAUCCCUUCUCUCUCUCUCUCGUUGGGAUGAACCUUCUUUCUCUAACAUCACCACUUUCGCUUUGUUAUUGUUCAUUUCCUGCUGUAACGACACUUCCCACCUUUCCUUCUUUAUACAAAUGCACAUCUGGCGCAGUUUUAAGGAGAUGCGUGAAAGGGGAAAAGGAAGAGGAGCUUCUACAAGGGAUGCCCAAGGAGUACUAUGACGAUGAAUGGCAAGCCCAGCAACGAAAGAAGACCAAGGAGUUGCAACGAAGACGCAGACAGGAAGAAGAGGAAGAAGAAAGAAAGAUGGGAGAGUAUCGUGAAAUUGGCUUACGGUUGAAGGAAUACCCGGAAGAAGAUGUCAUUAAAGCAAGGAAACUAGUUGCAAGCUUUCUCAAGGUUCCUGAAGAAGUGGAAGAGAGAAUUGAGGAAGCUGCUGAGAAAGGAGAGCUUACUGAACUUGUUUUAAUGGUCAUAUGGAAUCGGCUUGAUCUUGCUCGGCGUGAUGUAAGUUACUAUUUUAGCAUCUAAUAUGUCCUAGGUCAAUUAA